GAUAUUUAGGAGGAACUUUCGUAUGCAUGCGUUACUCUUAGUACGGUGAUAUCCGCUACCAGGUUUUACAUGCCUAGUCUUCCAUUCUCACUGAAUCAAAACUUUUCCUACUCGGCGCUAAACGUAUUUAUCUUGUUUAUUUCUUUUUUGAUGCUUAAACUACAUGUUAUACAUACAUAAGUGAGUGUUUUGAGUAACAUAUGAGUAAACUCUAGACUGUCAUUCAUUUACGCCGAGUUGUUUCGUUAAACAAAAUUUGGUGUGCUGAUGUCACACACCAUUAAGAUACAAGCCAUAUUUGCAAAAUAAAACAUUUCGGAUAAACCUUUUAAACGGCUUAUUUCAGAAGUCAUUGGUCAUUUUCUCAGAUUACGGAAUAAUUUUCAGCAGUAGACUUCUCAAACACUUUGUUUUUUGUCCGGUCCUUAUGAACUAGCGGACGUUUGUUUCUAUCCAUUGAAAUAUUGCAAUAGUCUCAGUGGUCUAUGGGAGGUGGUUGAUAUGUGUAAGUAUCAAAAGCAGUUGUGAAAUCAUGUUACCACUGUCAUCAAAGAUUGGUUUUUGCAUUUCCAAGUGAUAUUCGGAAAUGUUGCAAGGCGUCGAAUUUCGAUGAUUUUCUUGCCCCUUCGGUUAGACAAAGGACGAAUUUAUGUGGUAUUCACUACAUCUAGUCGACCGUUAGAUAUUGGAUACACGUUACAUUUAAUGACAGUUCCUUGGCGUUAUACAUGUCAUCUUUUUCACAAUAUACCAGUUCUAAAAAUUCGUCAACACAAAAUAGACAAGCUUAUAUUACUUACGUUUCAUACAGGGCCUUUCGUCUGUUUUGUAGCAAUAUAAUUCUUCAGUAGUAUAGUUGGUUUUUGUCACAAGCGAAUUUCAUCUAGAAGACCAAUUAAAAGUAGAAACGUCUGCACAGCUAUUACUUCUUAGUCUUGGGUUUUUCAAAUUUGCGCACGCAUGACCCCAUCUGGAAUCGAAACCUGUACCCUCAGGUUAUUAGGUGAGCACUUAACGACUCAGCUACUGGCUUUAAAUUCAAUAUAAAGUGGAGAAAAAAUGAAUACGACUACCACUAGCGAUGGUGUUUUUUGGUCGAAUUUUUAGUCAGUACAGUCUAGAUAGAAUUGUGGUCGUGUAUGGUGAAAUCUGCUGUAGGUCCUCAUUUCUUCUUUGUGCUUCAUUGAUUUGAAGAACAGUCAAUGAUGAGUAAAAAAAGAUUUUACGUUAAAACUUAGAUGGCAUAGUAUUACGUUUUGUGUCUAAAGUAAGCAUUUUAACCCUGCUAUCUUUCUAUCAGAACGAAUAACUGUUUCUAAAUUGCCAAUGUAAAGUGUCCGUUGAUAUUAUUUCUAAUUGUCAAUCCAUAUUGGCGGCAGAUUCACUGAAUCCUCCUUAUUUCCAGCUAAUUCUUUUUCCUACGCACAUUCGUUUAUUGCUAUUUGACUGCAUUUUCUCUACCCUUGUGUGCGCGUUUAUAAAAUGCGGCAAGUUCUUGAUUUGGAAUUCUCUUAACAUUGGUGAGAAAAUUCCCACCGUCCUACAGAAGAUAAAAUCAAAACGCUUAGCACAACUGGCUUUGCUUCUCCAAAAGUUCAGUUUUCAGUCUUAUCUGUUAUUGACUACUGAAUAAAAUAUGUGAACAUUGUGAAACAGCUCUAUUGAAAGUUGCUGUCGUAACGGCGUCAAGUUUGUGCAGUUGAGAAAUUGAACAAUACUGCACGUGCCACGCAGUAUUGUACAUCCAAUAGGAUCAAAAAGUGAGUCACUAUGGUCUUGUUCACCAAUGACCACUCGGGAUUUAUAGUUCAAGGCGUUCAAUAGGGUUUAUGUAGAAUAGUUGUAGGUGGCAAUGCAAACAUUGGAAACUUUAGUGUCUUACGAUCUGGUGGUGCUUGGAUAGGAAUUCUUAGCGACAUUCUAGUUGUCAUCCAUAUUGGUUAGGAAUUGUGGCUUUUACCCUAAAUAAGCUUAGCUGAACUAUUGCUUUCACAUAAUAAAGGAAAGUGUAGUUCAUCUUAGCGUGUAAUAUAUGUGAACACAUAAAAGUGGGCUUCAAAAUUUUCUUUUCAAUGUUCGUCAUCAUCCCAUUUGACAUAUAUCAGCUUAUCAAACUAAGGAAAACAUGGCGAAACCAGUAUAUCUUUUACCUAUAUGAACUUUGAAGUCAUAUUGGUUGGUGUCUUCCCGAAUAUACAAUGCGUUGAAUACUAAUAGUGGCUGGUUGACAUUUAAUGUAUGAACUUCAGUCUAAGAUGCAGUUGGAUAUAUCACUUUGCUACAAAAGGAGUAAUUAAUUCAAUACUGCAAUGUCAUUGACUGGACUGUCAAUAAGUAAGUGGAGGGAGGUUGUAGGAUCUAAACAGCUAUUAGGCAGACUCUCUUGCCCAGUUAUUUAUGAGCCCAUUGUUAACUUAAUCUCUAGCUGUCACCAAUAUCGACCGGAUCCUUUCAUCUAUGAUCUUAACCUGGCUGCCAAGUCUAUGACAUUUCAGUAUUUAAUUUAGCAGCCAUCAGGUAUCGCUUUUGAAUCCCGCUGCACCUAUUUUUACAACCUAUAGUAUAUCACAAUCCGGAAUUGAGUAACUGGGUUCUACUACUAUAUAAAUAUGAAUGUGGGCUCAGAUUGUGGUAGGAUAUAAAACAAUGGAUUCAACUUUACCACACAAGUGAUCUGCCAAAUGAAAUACAAAAUUCCAUCCUGUCAAAGUUCGUGUUUUAUGUUGUCAUCCGAAGAAAGCUGACAAAAAGUUGGUUUGUAAGGAUUAAAUUUACUUUUACGAGUUGCUGGUCACGCUAAAUCACGAAUUGGUAGGAGUUAGAAUUCAUGGACUGACCAUUGAAUCGGGUCCCAGCGGUUGAAUGGUAUACGAGCUUGCCUGGGUUUUAACCGCAGUGGGUGCGUACUGCCGAUGAUUCCCAAACUAGGAUGAAACAACUGUCUGGCAGUACUCCAGUGCUGGUUUUCAAUGGUUCUCUAACUGAUAUAAAUCCGUGGUCAAACUCUAAACUUUAAUUCCAAAUGAAGUUAACAGAUGUUUGCAAUAAACUCUAUAAACGAUCUACAACUCACUUUCCAAACUUAGAAUAUUAUAAAUACGACUACUACAGGACUCCUGUUCUUAAAAAUAGAGUAACUGGUAAAGGUGAUAAAACAAGAAGAGCUGUUUGUGUAGAAGAAAUGUUACUUAUGCUGGCUUGCUUAAAAGAAAGUGAUUAUGAUCAACUUCCGUGUACACAAGUGAUAGACACUUUUAAUAAGUGUGUUCAAGUUAUGGAGGAAGAUAGAAACAUGAAAAAACGUAUGCGAAAGUCUGGUAUUGUGUUACAAUCUCAAGAGUCUGGUGAUUCAUCUAAUCGACUGUCAUCUGAACAAAUUACAAGACUUUUGAGACGUUUCCCAGAACCUGAAUAAACCUUGUCUUUUCAUCUGUAUAUAUACAUACAUAUAUUUAAUUUCAGUUUGUAGUAUUCAGAGUUGCCUCUUGUAGUCCUAACUGGUUUGUAUAAACUCCUGCAUUUGAAUACGUUUUUGGGAUAUAAACUCCUAUCUGUCUGAUAAUUGUAUCGAUUUUCCUUUACGUUCAUAUUUUUAUGUGUUCAACAAUGAGGAUAUGAAAUUGCUUUCCAGUAUAAGUGAAUCGUGUGGC